AUGAAGCAAGACGAGGUUGAAAGAGAUGAUGAUGAUGCUGAGAAGAUCAAUGCUGAAAAAGAAAACAGAGAAAAAUUGGCAAAGAGUCAGGUGGUCGAAUUGGUUAAGACGGGAGAUCUUUUCCUCAACAAAACAGUUUUGAAAGCGAGGUUUGAGUUAUGUGCAAUGAAGCAUAACUUUCACUACACAGUUACCAACUCCAAUAAAUCAGUUUGGUGUAUUAGAUGCGCUGAUAAGGUGUGCUUUUGGGGUGCUCGAGCUGAGUGUUUGAAGGGCUCCACAUAUUUUAUUAUUAAGAAGUAUGUCGGUGUACAUUCCUGCGCACCUUCAAACAAAACCAGUGCCGGAAGGACAGCUUCAGCGAAAACGAUAGGCAAUCUGAUAAUGCAUAAAUAUGAAGGUAUCAAGGAAGGGCCUAAAGCGAAAGAUAUUGUUCAGAUUAUGCGCAAUGAUUAUGGAUGUGAGAUCUCUGAAUCUUUAGCAUGGGAUUCCCGUGAAUAUGCAGUCAACGCUGUUAGAGGUAUUCCAGAGGAAAGUUAUGGGAAAAUACCAAAAUAUUUGCACAUGCUGCGAGAGGCCAAUCCGGGUACACAUUCCUCUUACAAGACUGACGUCGAUGGUAGAUUUCGAUAUCUGUUUAUAGCGUUUGGUCAAUCGAUCAGAGGCUUUAACACAGUCAUGAGGCGUGUCAUUGUUGUCGAUGGAACAUUCUUGAAGAGUAAAUUCAAAGGGGUGCUACUGGUUGCAACUGCUAUAGAUGGAAAUUCAAAUUUAUAUCCUAUUGCAUUUGGGAUAGUAGACUCUGAGAAUGAGCAGUCUUGGGAAUGGUUUAUGAGAGAAUUAAAAGUUGUUGUUGCUGAUGAUAAUGGUUUGGCUUUUAUUUCGGAUAGACAAGUGUCAAUAGCGAAGGCAGUGGAGAAAGUGUAUCCCCUAGCGAGACACGGUAUCUGUAUUCAUCAUUUGUUGAAUAAUGUGAUAUCAUUUGUUGAAUAA